GCGACGGAUUUUGGGUGAAGGGUUUCUGGUAAGAGCCAUAUCAACUCUCUCCAUACUCGCAAGGCGGAACCUACACGUUUCGAACCAAAAGCAGGGCGUAUUUAAGAAAGAAGGGCCAAGAGGUGUGAAUUGCAGAGGAAGCGAGCCAUGUUCUCCAUUGCCGCCAUCAAUGACACCAACUCCGGUGGCCAGUGGGAGACUCUUGCCCCAACUAAGGAAGCACAGGAAUUUCAUCUCACUCAAGAGUAUCACGAAGGCCUUCUACAAUUACAAGCUAAAGAAUACUCAAAAGCUCAAAGAAAUUUUGAAGCUGUCCUAAGAGAUCCUCUCAUGUCAAAUGCACAGGUGGAUGGUAAUACAAGAGACGGUCAUCUAUUACAACUUAGGUUUUUGGCUCUAAAGAAUUUAGCCACUGUGUUCCUAGAACAAGGCUCUAUGCAUUAUGAGAGUGCAAUCAAUUGCUAUCUCCAAGCUGUUGAAAUUGAUACAAAAGAUUCAGUUGUCUGGAAUCAAUUGGGGACAUUGUCAUGUUACAUUGGCUUGCUCAGCAUAGCACGUUGGGCAUUUGAACAAGGGCUUUCUUGCAGUCCCAACAACUGGAACUGCAUGGAAAAGCUUUUGGAAGUGCUGAUUGCUAUUGGGGACGAAAUUUCAUGCCUAUCUGUGGCUAACUUGAUACUGAGGAACUGGCCAUCACAUGCUCGUGCUUUGCUUGUGAAAACUGUCAUUGAGGAAUCAGAGCGAAUCCCAUUUGCACCUCGUGGUAUUGAUCGACUGGAGCCAAAGCAUGUUAGGUUAAAGUUCCCCAACAAGAGAAAAUCUAUUGAUGAGCCAUAUGAUGGGGCUGACAUAAAGAAAAAGAGAAAUCAGACUGUAGAAUUACUUUUGCCUGAGGCAUCCUUGUCCUCUCUUGUGGAUGCAAUUUUGAAAAUCUUACGUCCACUGAGUGCUAAAGGUUCUGAGAAUAGCCCCAUAAAUGAAAAGCAAAGUAGAAGUGCUGAGUUUCCUUCUAGGAACAAUGAAUUGCAUGGAAAGGGGGAAACUGAUGACCUGAAUAUGAAGGGAAGGUACACAGAUAUGCGAAUGAGGAUAAAUGUAUCUUCCAGUUCAGAAAAUGUUGGGGAUCCAUUUAUUGGGAAAGGUAUGGGUAUGUUAUUAGCAGGAAAUCAAUCAUCCACUGCCGAGAAGAACCCUGAAAAAAUAUUUCAUGGAAAAGAAAAGGAAGGCAGUACAGAUGAAGAAGUGCAUCCCCAAGAGAGGCGAAGUACUCGUCUAGAAAGGCUUCGAAGUCGAAAACCUGAGAAAGAAGAACUGGAUUACCCCUUAAGCAAAAACCGCGCAGAGGCUGCUUUUCAAAUUCUGAAACCAUUUAUUGUUGUUGGAUUGGAGAAAAAGGAUUACAAUUAUAAUCAGACAAAUACUGUUCUCCUUAUGGAUACUUUAGAAUUUGGUGUUAAUGAUAUCAGCAGAUUCUUUAUGGAGGUUUCCGGCAAUUAUGGUAUAUAUCAUCUUAGUCACAUGCUCCUUGAAGAGGUUGCAUGUAGAAAACUUCCAUUUCAGGAUUUCUUUUUCAGAUUGCUGGAGUUGGAGAGGUUGACUAGGUGCUGGAGUCAAGAUAGGACAUUUGCGUGCAGCCUUUUUCUUUCAGAAGUGUAUUACGAUCUUGGUUCUAGUUCUGCAAAUGAGUCCAAGCGUGCAGAGCUCUUCUCUGAGGCAUUUUAUCACCUUUGUAAAGUCGUUGAGCUCAUUUCUUUAGAUAUCCCUGCUUACUCAGCCCUCAGUUCAGAAAAUCUUAAGGUUAUUUUCGGACGUCCAGUGGGCAAGAAUGACUUGAAAGUGCGUUUUGAUGAGAACACCAAGCAAAACAGCAACUAUGGAGAUCCAAAUGAAAAGACCCAUCAGAUUAACAACUGUGGAGUUUCCAAUGACAACAUCAAAUAUAAUAACAUUGGUGAUUCAAAUGAGAACAUUCAUCAGAAUAACACUUAUGGAGACUCAAAUAAGAAAUGUCAACAUGAUAACAACUCUGGAAAUUCAAAUGAGAGCACUCUUCAGAAUAACUCUGGAGACUCAAAUGAAUUAGCAGCAAGUAAGUCUUUUGAGGAAUCAACUGUCAUAGAUUAUUCAGUCUUACCCUUGGAUAAUUCCUUCUGGGUUCGGUUUCACUGGUUAAGUGGUCGCUUGUUGACUUAUUCUGGCAACGAUGAGAAAGCUUAUGAAGAAUUUGAGAGAGCCUUGUCCCUAUUGAAAAAUGCUGGAAAUAUGAAGGAGACCCUGCCUUUGGUCUUACUUCCUCAUUGUAAACUUGUCAAAGCCAUAAACAUUGAAAGACUUCAGCACGAGAUUAAUCUGUUGAAAGUGCACAGUUUGUUGAGGAAUUUGGGUGGUAAAACGAUGACUAGGGAAUCAUAUUCCGGGUUGGCUAAAUUGUUCUCUCCACUGUUGCUUUCUGCUCAAGAUAUAUACCUUGACCAAAUAUUUGGUGCUUACAGUAGUGUAAAAGGGGUUGCAUCAGUUGAAUUGUCUGCACUAGAUAUUCUAAUUUCUGCAUGUGAAAAUGCAGUUCCCUUAGAAAAUGAAGUGUAUUUAAGUUGCCAUCGAAGGAAGCUACAUAUACUUUCUGUCGCAGCCGGUAUUCUAGAAUCAGUGGCCUCUUGUAACCUUCCUAAAAAGCCAAAUGGUGAUGUGGUGGAUCCCUCGUACGAACCAGAAGCUCCAGAAUUCUAUAUGAGAGAGUGUUGGAAUCACAUGGUUGCUCAGGAAGUUAAUGCAAUAUACCUAUGCUUAUCCCAUUUGAAAGAUGAAAUGGAUGAAACGAGUGGUAUAUCUGAGAAAUUUAGUGCCCCCGCUGGCUUACUUGGUGAUAUUCAGUAUUUUCUGUUGGUGAUCAUUUGUAAUCUGUGUCAACGUUUCACCUAUCAAAAAUCAUCUGAAGUAGGAACGGAUUAUAAUGCUCAAUUGGAAACGAAGUGCUUUAUGGAGUCCGCAAUUGCAUUCUGUAAACUUCAGCAUCUUGAUCCUGACAACCCUGCUAAAAGUCAAGUGGAACUGAUUGCUGCAAUGCAUGAAUUGCUUGCUGAAUAUGGCCUAUGCUGUGCUGGUAAAGAUGGCGAUGGUGAAGAAGGGGCAUUUCUCAAACUUGCAAUUAAGUAUCUUUUGGCAUUAGAUGUAAAGCUGAGAUCGAAUUCUCACUCCUCAAGUAGAAAGCAGGAAAAAGCACAAGGUUCUGAGGUUUUAUCUGUUUCUGAUCCUACAAGUUCAUUUUUUUUGGAAAGAAAGGAGAAUGAGGCCAUUGAUAUAGAGGCUACUUCAAUGGAGAAGCAUGAAACCAAAAUGAUCAUUGAGCAAGAUCCUCCAAAUGCUCUGCUUAUAGAGAGCUUCCUGAAUGCAUCUGAAAAGGAAAAGGAUGGAGCCCAAGGGAAAGAUGGAAUUAGCGAUAAGUUAAUGAAAACUGAUGGCUGUAAUGCUGAUAAUGGAAAUCUCACCACAGAUGCUGCAAUGAAUAAAGUGGAGGAAGCACAAGGGAAGGAUGGAAGAGUUGACAAAUUAAAAGAAAUUGAUAGCCAUAGUGCUGAUAUGCGAAAUGUUACCCUAGAUGCUGAAAGGAAUAAAGUGGAGUUGGGAAUAGAUAAUGCACUAGACCAAUGUUUCUUCUGUUUAUAUGGUUUAAAUCUUAAGGGUGGUCCAGAUGCUUCCGAUGAUGAUGAUCUAGCCAUUCAUAGAAACACAAAUCGUGGAGAAUAUCAAUCAAAGGAACAAUGUGCUGAUGUAUUCCGAUAUCUUUUGCCUUAUGCAAAGGCCUCAUCAAGAGCUGGUUUGGUUAAACUUCGAAGAGUAUUGAGGGCCAUAUAUAAACACUUUCCACAUCCCCCUGAUGAUAUCUUGAUGAAACACUCUAUUGAUAGAUUCCUCGAUGAUCCUGAUUUAAGUGAAUGUAAGCUCUGUGAAAUGGUGAUUUCCUGUGAAAGUGUGGAAUCAAUCAUUACAUUUGUUUUUCCGGAUCGAAAUGCAACUCAAUCGGGCAAGGCAUUUCUGAUUGGAAGCUCGGAUUCUUAUCAAGACGUUUAUGGCAACUUGUAUUACUUCCUAGCUCAGGCUGAGGAAAUGAAUGCAACUGAUAAAUGGCCUGGGUUUGUUCUUACCAAGGAAGGGGAGGAAUUUGUUGAGCAAAAUGCUAACCUCUUUAAGUAUGAUUUACUUUACAACCCCUUCCGCUUUGAGAGUUGGCAGAGGCUUGCAAAUAUUUAUGAUGAGGAAGUUGAUCUCUUGUUGAAUGAUGGGAGUAAGCAUAUAAAUGUUGUUGAAUGGAGGAGAAGUGAUACUCUACCCCAGAGAGUUCAAGCCAGCCGUAGGAGGAGUCGUCGCUGUUUGUUAAUGAGUCUGGCUCUAGCAAAAACUCCUGUUGAGCAGAGCCAGAUUCAUGAGUUGUUAGCUCUAGUCUACUAUGACAGCCUACAGAAUGUUGUGCCCUUUUAUGAUCAGCGCUGUGUUCUACCUGUGAGGGAUGAAACAUGGACAAUGUAUUGCCGAAAUUCAAUGAAACACUUUGAGAAGGCAUUUGCAUACAAGUCAGAUUGGUCACAUGCUUUCUACUUGGGUAAGCUCUGUGAGAAGCUGAGCCAUACAUAUGAAGAAGCUUUUUCAUAUUACAGCAAGGCAUCCAGUAUGAAUCCAUGUGCUGUAGAUCCUGUUUAUAGGAUGCAUGCAUCACGUAUGAAGUUACUUUAUGCUUGUGGAAAACACGAUUUCCAUGCUAUAAAGGUUGUGGCUGCACAUUCUUUUCAUCAAUCAACAAAAGAUACCAUCUUAAAUUUAUUAGGGUGGACUGCUGAGGAUCUUGAACUGCUGUGUAAAACCAAUGUAUUAUCAUGCGUUGGGGCAUGCCCUGACCAGGAGGAAAAGCUUAUAACUACCACUCAGUUAGAAAAGGCAUGGAGCAUUCUUUUCAAUGAUUGUAUCAUGGCCCUUGAAGUUUGUGUGGAGGGGGAACUGAAACAUUUUCACAAGGCCAGGUAUAUGCUUGCUCAAGGAUUAUAUAGGAGGGGUGAGGAUGGAGACCUGGAGAGGGCAAAGGAGGAGUUAUCAUUCUGCUUUAAGUCAUCUCGAUCAUCUUUUACCAUUAAUAUGUGGGAGAUCGAUAGUAUAGUUAAAAAAGCAAGGCGGAGGACCCCUGGUAUAGGAGGAAACAAAAAGGUCUUGGAGUUGGGAUUGCCAGAAAGCUCUCGGAAGUUUAUUACUUGUAUUCGAAAAUAUAUAUUGCUGUAUUUAACUCUUUUAGAGAAGACAGAGGAUUUCGGCACUCUUGAACGGGCCUACUCAUCUCUUCGAACAGAUAAGAGGUUUUCAUUGUGCCUGGAAGAUAUAGUUCCUGUUGCUCUUGGUCGGUAUGCCCAGGCCCUUGCAUUAUCAGUCAACCGGAGUGUGAUUCCUGCUACUGGCAAUGCUGGUUCUCUCGACCACCUUCUGGAAAGAAUAUUCAACAUAUUUUUGGACCAUGGAAGCUCAUGGACUGAUUUUGCCUCUUUGCCUGAACUGGGCAAUUCAUUAUGCCCAGAGUUUUCAGUGGAUGCUCUUUACAGUUACAUACACAAAUAUGUCCAAUCAUUGGAGAGAGAUGUCAGGCUGGAUACACUCGAAUUAAUCAACGAGAAGAUCAGGAAACGUUUCAAGAAUCCUAGACUCUCAAAUACCCGUUGUGCGAAAGUAUGCAAUCAUGCUUCUGCUGCUUGGUGCCGGUCUAUUGUUUUGAGCUUGGCUUCCAUUACGUCUUUACCUGAGGAGCCUUCGCCAACCCAAAUUGUAGCUCAAGCUACUGGUGAUUUAGACCCUGGCUGGCAGCUUCAUGUUGAUAUACAAGACAAUGAGCUAUGGAAUACAACCAUUGAAGACCCAAAAUAUCAGAAAAGUAUGGAAGUUAAGAGGAACAAGAUGUUAAAAAUCAAAAACAUCCCUGUCAAGCAAGCGUCCGCUGAAAAUAUGGAAACUGCUAGUACUUUGCUAAAAUGUACAUAUAAUUUUUAUCGCGAGAGUUAUUGUGGCACCCUGCCAUCUGGUGUAAAUCUUUAUAUAAUAGCAACAUCUCGAUUGGCACCUAGAGGGCUAUCGCUACGAGGCACAGAAGGUGUUCCCUUCCGACCUGUUGUUGAGACACUUGAUCUAAGCAUUUCAAGGAAGCUAUUGUUAUGGGCAUACACUUUGGUUCAUGGUCAUUACUUAAACAUUCACGCCGUUGUCAAGCACUGUGAAGAGAAUGUGAAAACGAGGAUGAAGAAAGGUUCUUCAACAUCCUUAGCUCCUCCUGCACUGACAACGUCUACUUUACCAUCCACAGUUGCAGGAGUCAUCAAAGAGAUUAAUAAUGAGGACACUAGUGAACCUGUGGACAAGCAAGGAGUUGUUUCUUCUAGUAAUGGAAAUGAAAAUACAAAUGCCUCUUUGGCGGUUACCAGUUCCAAUGAUAUUCGGAAGAAGACUCCUCAACUCCAUCAAGGCAAUGCUCUCGAAGAACAAAGCGCUCCAGGAAGAAUCUGAUGGCGCUUUCUUGGGCAUGGCACUGGGAAAUUUGGCUCACUUUGGAUGCCUUUGCUUACCUAUUUCACAAUCCAUGCAUGUAAACAUUGGUCAUGGAAAAUAAUGUUUGGGGGGAGAAAGAUGGUGUUUGAGGGUUGUAGGAAUGCUUGGAUGAUAUC